AUGACGACUAAGGCCUUGGAGGAACUGGAUGGAGGCCUGGGCAGCUGCCAAGCUGGGGAGGACCUCUCUGUGCUGGCUGACCCCUACCAGGGCAGGGCCCGGGAGGAUAAGGCGCAAGCAGUGACUCCCAGGCGGGCUGACCUCAGCAACUGGCCCCAUGACUUCACCCUGACAGCUGAGGGCAGUGUGGAUACCAAGCCCAAGAAGAUGGAAAAGGUGCCUCCAAUCAAGGGGGCCCCAAGUCCCAGCAAGGAGACGCUGAAAGCAGGAGCAACGCCCCGCAGCGCCCCCGCACGGAAGAAGAGUCAGGUCGCGCCGCCGCCUCAGCCGCCGCCGCCGCCGCCCCUGUACGAGGAGCUGCCCUGGGGGGACUUGUCGCUCAACAAGUGCCUGGCGCUCGCCUCGCUGGUGGCCCUGCUCGGUUUGGCCUUCCAGUUGUGCCACGACGCCGUGACUGGCAAGGUGGCGGUCCCCGAGCCUGCCCCUAAGACCUGGGUCCCGCCCAGCGCUGCCCCGAAGGUUCGCCAGUCACCCCCGCCGCCAAAGCCCGUGGCCUGGACCCCGACCCCAGCCCCGCCAGCGCCCCAGGAGGAGGGCAAGGCGAAGCUGGAGGCCCGGGAGAACAAGGAGGUGGCAGAGGAGAAGGAGGCUGGCGAGGCAGCCGGGAACGCCCAGGUGGACCGAGGGUCCAAGGAGAAACCGCCCGGAAGGAAAGAAGAGAGGCCGAGAAAGGAAAGGCAGCGGAGAGAGAAGGAAGCGAGUCCGCGGAAGGAGAGGCCGCGGGCGGACCGGGAACUUCGUAGUGCGCCGCCGGGGCGUCGAGAGGCACGCCAAGGGGCACAUAAGUCGUGGGUGCGGGACUCCGGGGAUCCCGAGCGUAGCAAGAGGGCACCCUGGACCUCCAAAAGGAGGGGGCAGACCUCCUCAGAAGAGGAGGAACGGCACGGCCGCCAGCCGCACCGCCCAGGCAAGGGGCGGGACUGA